AUGGGAGCGGGAGUCGGCGAGCAGGUUCGCAAGCUUGAGCUCGACGCCUACCAGGCCUUCCUGAAGGUCACGGCGGUCACUGGCAUGUCGUGGGAGCGAGACGACCUCGCGACCAAGCUCAGGCAGGAGCUCAACAUCUCCAACGAUGAUCACACCCGCAUCAGGGAGAAACUCUCGGACGAUGAGCGCAUCAAGACCAUCAGGGAGAACUGGAAACAGAGGGAGAUCAACCAGGCCGCCAAGAAGGCGCGCAUCGACGCCGGCGGCUUCACCGGCGCCAAGACCCCGAAGGCCCCCGCCUCUGCCAAGCCGAAGGCGGCGCCCAAGGCGAAGACGCCCAAGGGACCCGCCGCGGCUCCCAUCGUCGUCAACGAGCUCAUCUGCCGCCGCGUCCAGAGGUUCUGGCCGGACGAGGGCGGUUGGUUCGACGCCAUCAUCACCGACUACCGCCCCACCACCAACGAGCACUGCCUGACGUACGAGAUCAACACCCCGAACGAGACUUUCGAGUGGGCCGACAUCUCGCAGUUCGACGGUCGGGAGUUCAAGCUGCUGGAGGACCGGGUCAACAUCGAGGACCUCAAGUUCUACAGCCAGGGCAUGAAGGUCGGGGCGGAGACGGCGACGCACAACCAGGCCAUCGUGGCCACGCACGCGGCAGUGGGCGACGUGAAUAAGAUUGUCCAGAAGGCCGCGAAAACCGCGGACGUCGACAAGAUCGUCGAGGCGAAGGGAACGCUCAGCGCGCAGGAGGAGGCGCUCAGGGCGCAGCUCGCCGCUCUCGACAGCGACAGCGACAGCGACGAGGAUUAA